CAAAUAAUUCAAGAGCAUUCGAUUCUUGUUACGUUUGUUGUUGUUGUUGCUGCAAUUGGGGAAAGGAAGUGGGUACAAUGUAUCGUAGAGAAUUCCCCGGGGGGGCUCGAAACAGGAAAUAAACAAUGGAAUGGGAGAUGCAUAAAUGAAUCGCAUCACGGCGGAUAGUAGAGGUCGGAUAAGGAGGAGAAAUACGAGGGAAUUGCGCAAUGGCCCGAGGUGAGUAGUUGUAAAUAUACUAAUAAAUGAUUACCCCCCAGCUUCUCGGUUUGUUUGUAAUUUCGGCGAUGCUUGCUCUGCCAUGACCAACUAAUUGAGCAAUUAAGUGCAAGAAGUGUCUUCUGAGGAAGGACGAUGGUCACAGUGACGAAGAUGGAAAGUGAGUGGAGUGAGCGAGCGCGAAUGUACGAGUGUGUAUAAAGUAUUCAAUGUGAUGUGCGAAUUUCUCAGUGAGUUGAGACCACGCGCGAAAAGCCAGUUCUUAGCUACCUGCUCCAAGGGAAGCAUGUCGAAGAAGUGGAUCCUCGCAUUUUUGAGCUUCGCGCUCGUCCACGACGUCCGAGCGCAAAGAUCUUGCAAACUGAAGGAUGGAUCGGGCGGUCGUUGCAUGCCCGUGAAGGACUGUCCGAGCGCUUUGGAGCUGCUGAAGAUCAACCAGCAGGCGCCGAUCUGCGGCUAUAAAGGAGAGACACCUAUCGUCUGCUGCGAAGCUCCUCCGGUUUUGGCCACUAUCAGCAACGCUGGAAAAAAGAGCAAUGAAAACUGCUACAAUAUAUACAUAAGCACCAACUACGGCCGACUACCCGGCUCUGGUCCACCUCCGACAGCAGUCGUCGGUGGUUAUGACUCUUUAGCACAGGAAUUCCCGCACAUGGCUGUUCUCGGCUACGGCGACAAUUCAACGCAUCCGACCUGGGGGUGUGGUGGGAGUCUCAUCAGCAAGAGAUUCGUGCUAACAGCUGGCCACUGUCUGAAAAGUAAAGAUCUGGGCGAUGUGAAAUACGUACGUCUUGGGGACUUGAACCUAGAGAAAACGGACGAUAAAGCAGAGCCUCAAGACUUCACCGUGAAGAGGACUAUAAAACAUCCAGAAUACAAACAUCCCAUCCAGUACAACGACAUCGCACUCAUCGAACUGGACAGGGAUGUUAUCAUCAAUGACUACGUCAUUCCCGCCUGCUUGAACACCGACAGGGACACCCCGAGCACGUUCACGGCUACCGGUUGGGGCCAUCUGAAAUUCGGCGGCACCAUCUCCUAUCACCUUCAGAAGGUGAUGAUUAACUACACGGACUACGGUACCUGCAGACAAGCCUUCGAAGUAAACGCGCGUCGUCUUCCGAACGGAAUCCUCGAGGACAGGCAGAUUUGCGCCGGCGCCCCCAAGAAAGAUACCUGCCAGGGCGAUUCCGGUGGACCUCUGCAACGGCGGAACCUCGACUACGAGAGGGGUCACACCAUUUUCGGGAUUACCUCAUUUGGGAAAGCUUGCGGCAUCAGCAACAGUCCAGGGGUUUAUACCCGCGUUUCAUAUUACAUUGAGUGGAUCGAAUCCGAAGUCUGGCCGUAAUAAGUAGUCAUGUAUUACUACUACACUACACCUCAAAUUUGAAGUAUAAUUCGAUGCCAUUCCGUAAAUUAAUUAGUUUUAAGUAUUCCUAAAACAAACAAAAAAUAAUAAUAGAUGUUGUAGUUCCGUAU